AUGGACCAUCAAAAUGGAAAGAGGAAAAACUGGAAUCACCUCAGUAUAACCAAAAGAAAGGAAUCUACUACACAAGACAAUGAUGAAUUCAUGGUGUUGCUAUCUAAAGUUGAGAAAUCACCAGACGAAUUCAUGGAAAUAAUGCAAAAUUUAAGUAAUAUACAGGCUUUGGAGGACAGUAAAGGGCUUGAAAAUCUCAUUGGUAUCUCCCAUGCAUCAUGUGUCUUCAAAAGAGAAAUGCAGAAAACAAAAGACCUAAUGACAAAAGUAACAAAACAAAACCUAUUUGAAAAGAAGGAUUCAGGACUUCCCAACAAAGGCAUUUAGAAGAAAUGCACUCACUAUGAAAAUGCCAACUUCUGUAUCUGCCUGAUCAUAU